AUGACCAUCCGGGCGCCGCAGGUCCAGGAGACGUCGCCUGCGAAUGCCUUCAAGACGGUGCUGUGCAAGUACUUUGAAGCCGGGCAUUGCACCCGCGGAGACAGCUGCACGUACGCGCAUGGGGAAGAGGAGCAGCAAGAGGCGUCGAGUUUUAAGACGGUGCUCUGCAAGUUCUUCGAGGCCGGAAGCUGCACCAGGGGCGACAGCUGCAGCUUUGCGCACGGCGAAAGCGAUCUCGCCAGCAACAAGGCCGAGGAGGUGCCCAGUUUGGCGGACGUCAUUGCGCGCGCCUCGAUGCCGUCGAUGGCAGCACCGCAGCGACCAGCGGUGGUCCCCCCCAGGGCCGGCGUGAAGCGACCCAUGGAGUGGGAGCCGGAGUCCAGACCCAAAGUCCCCAGGCAGCAGUGCGCCUUCUUCGCGGUGGGCCGCUGCGCCAGAGGAAGCGACUGCCCCUACCAGCACGGCCCGGACCUCCCGGACUUUCCGGACCCCGCGCUGGCGCUGUUUCCGGAGGCCACGUCGCCACGCAGAGGCCAUUGGAUCUAUGUGGAGGAGGAGGAGUGGGCCGACCCGAGCUGGCCCGAGCAACACCACGCGGCCUCGGGCUCGUGGCCUUCGACGCCCUGCCGAUUUUUCGCCGAAGGUCAUUGUCUGAAGGGGGAGAACUGCGAGUUCUCGCACGAGGUGCCCAGUAUCUCCAUGGGCAGAGGCGGCACCAUCUACGCCAACGCACCCAUCAGGGUGAAGGUCGAACCUGGAGUGCAGUCGCUACCCGCCCCGAAGUUCAAGACGCAGAUCUGCAAAUAUUUCCUGGAGGGGAGCUGCUUCAAGGGGGACGAGUGCAGCUAUGCCCACGGAGCAGAGCAGCUGCAAGCCCCCGGGCCCGGCGCAGGCCUUCCAGCAGAGUCCAGCUUCAAGACGAAGAUGUGUCUCUACCACCUGCAGGGCACCUGCUUCAAAGGCGAGGCCUGCACCUACGCCCAUUCCGAGGAGGAGCUUUCAGGUGCCGCGGAGUCGAACUUCAAGACGAAGAUGUGCCUCUGGCACUUGCAGGGCCAGUGCGUGAGAGGAGAUGCCUGUACCUUUGCCCACGACGAGAGUGAACUCAUGGAGCCAGGGGCGCUGGUUCCUCAGGGAGCGCAGGCGCUGCCAAUGCCUCCAGUGGUGCCAAGCCUGGUGCCAACCCCUUCCAAGUUCAAGACGCAGCUCUGCAAAUUCUACUUGGAGGGCACCUGCUUCAAGGGGGACGAGUGCAGCUACGCGCACGGCGAAGAUCAGUUGCAAGCCGGAGGCGCUCCGGAAGGGGCUCCAGGAGAGCCGCUGCCAAUGCCUCCAGUGGUGCCAAGCCUGGUGCCAAGCCUGGUGCCAACCCCUUCCAAGUUCAAGACGCAGAUCUGCAAGUUCUACUUGGAGGGAACCUGCUUCAAGGGGGACGAGUGCAGCUAUGCUCACGGCGAAGAGCAGUUGCAGGCCAACGACGCAGUCGCAGGUGUGGGUCCAGAGUCGCCCAACUUCAAGACGAAGAUUUGCCUCUACUACUUGCAGGGCAAGUGCUUCAGAGGAGAGGCGUGCUCCUACGCCCAUUCCGAGGAGGAGCUGGCAGCAGGUCCUGCAGAGUCGAACUUCAAGACGAAGAUGUGCCUCUUCCACUUGCAGGGCAUCUGCGUGAAAGGAGACGCCUGCAGAUGGGCCCACGACGAGCGUGAGCUGACGGAGCCAGGAGUGCCGCAGGACCCGGAACCAGGAGAGCCGCUGCCAAUGCCUCCAGUGGUGCCAAGCCUGGUGCCAAGCCUGGUGCUAACCCCUUCCAAGUUCAAGACGCAGAUCUGCAAAUUCUACUUGGAGGGAACCUGCUUCAAGGGGGACGAGUGCAGCUAUGCUCACGGCGAAGAUCAGUUGCAAGCAGGCCCAGCAACCGGGGAGUCGAGCUUCAAGACGAAGAUCUGCGUCUACCACCUGCAGGGCAAGUGCUUCAGAGGAGAGGCGUGCAGCUACGCCCAUUCCGAGGAGGAGUUAGCACCAGGUGCGGAGCCGAGCUUCAAGACGAAGAUGUGCAACUUUUAUUUGCAGGGCCAGUGCGUCAAAGGAGGGGCCUGCAAGUUCGCCCACGGCGAGCUGGCGAUGCCGCCCCCGCCCCGCGCGCUGCCGGCAGGGACCAACGGCAAUCGCUACGGCAUUAUCGUUCCUAGCCUCGCGCGAAAAGGUAGAGUUCGGGCUCGAUUCAGUACGGAGUCGGUGCAGUUUUACUCGCGUUUGUCCCUGGCGUCACAAGCAACCGCCAUGCACCCAGCAGACAUCAAGCACUUAGAGACGUCCGCCUCCGAGCACGGGGUGGUGAUGAUGCCGAGAGACGACGAGCAGUUCUACCCGGGCACCAUCGAGAAGGUGGGCGACGGAACCUGCACCGUGAAGUGGGAGGAUCCCGACGGCGGUCCCGAGACCUCCGAGGUGAGCAACGCAGACAUCAAGAAGAUCGUCAUCUACAAGGACUACAAGGUGGGCGAGGCCGUGGAGGCCAUCUUCCCCGAGGAUGGCUACUGGUACCCCGGGGAGGUCACUAAGGUGAACGCCGACGGCACCUUUGCGGUGAAGUGGGAGGACCCGGACGGCGGCCCGGAGGAGUCCGACGUGUCGCCCAAGGAGAUCAAGUACCCCCCCAUCCCCUUCGAGAAGCUCGAGGUGGGGCAGAAGUACACGGGCACGGUGCGCUCGGUGCUGGACUUCGGCGCUUUCGUGGACAUCGGCGCGGAGUCGGAUGGGCUGCUGCACAUCUCACGGGUCUCCAAGGAGCGCGUGGACAACAUCUACGACAUGGUGCAGGAGGGCAUGGAGAUCGAGUGCUGGAUCAGCGGCAAGAGGGACGACGGGAAGUUCGGGCUCACCAUGGUGGAGGGUCUUACGGACAGCGCCCCCAGAUCCGCCCCAGCGGACCUCACGCCCUUCGCGAACAUCCCCCCUGAGGAGUGGCAGAAGGGCGUGGUGGCGCGCACCGCGCCCUUCGGCGCUUUCGUCACCGUGACCUUGCAGGACGGCUCCUCGGCGGAUGGCCUGGUGCACGUGUCGCAGGUUAAGGACGGCUUCGUGGACAACGUCGAUGAUGAGCUCUCCGCGGGCCAGGAGGUCAAGGUGCGUAUCCAGUCGGUGGACAUGGACAGCGGCCGCAUGAGCCUCUCCAUGCGCGAGGGCUUCGGCGGCGGCGGCGGCGGAUCCCGCCCGCCCUCGGACGUCUCGGCCUUCGCGGACGUGGCCACGGACACCUGGAUGAAGGGCACUGUGGCGCGGCUGGCGCCCUUUGGAGCCUUCGUCACGCUGAAGAAGGAGGACGCUCAGGCGGAUGGCCUGGUGCACAUCACGCAGAUCCGCGAUGGCUUCGUGGAGCAGGUGGAGGAUGAGCUGUCGGUGGGCCAGGAGGUGGAGGUGCGAAUCGAGUUUGUGGACGUGGACAAUGGCAAGAUGAGCCUCUCGAUGAAGCCGCAGUGA